AUGGAUGAUCACUUUCUGAACUUGGAUUUUGUGAAGAGUCUGAGUGAAUCCAUACUUUAUGUGAGUAAAUCAAGUACUGCUAUUGUGAUUGUAUCUCUCUAUGCAGAUGACUUGCUAGUGAUAGGAAGUGAUAAUGUUCAGAUAGAGGUGUCCAAGCAAGAAAGGAUGAAGGUGUUCGAGAUGACCGAUCUAGGUCUGAUACAUUACUUCCUUGGUAUGGAGAUUCACCAAGGGCAGAAUGAAGUGUUUCUCUAUUGUAGCAGAAAUUGCUUACCGCAAGUGUACGGGUCAAGUUUUAAUAAAGUGAAGAUCAAGUUGCAAAAGGAUGAUGGAGAGGAACCUGCAGACGAUAAUGUGUACAAAAGUUUAGUUGGAUGUCUCAUGUAUCUCACAUCCACUAGACCUAACAUUAUGUACACUGGUUACUCAGAUAGUGAUUAG